UGUCAUCCAAUUUAUUUCUUCACAUCAUAUACUCCCCACUCUCCACACAUUCCGCCAUCAUGCUGCGCGCAUUAUCAAAGACCAGUAGGGCUGCCCUGCGCCAAGCUGGAGCCCCUCGACACUUCCGUACCACUGCUGUCGUCAAGAAUGAGGUUGAAGUCUUUAUUGAUGGCAAGCCUGUUAAGGUAGAAGCUGGAUCUGCCGUUAUUCAGGCUUGUGAGAAGGCCGGUGUUCAUAUUCCUCGCUUCUGUUAUCACGAGCGUUUGUCUGUUGCAGGAAACUGUCGUAUGUGCUUGGUUGAGGUGGAAAAGUCCCCAAAGCCUGUUGCCUCCUGCGCUUUCCCUGUGAUGCCUGGAAUGAGGGUCAAGACUGAUUCUACCUUGGUCAAGAAGGCUCGUGAGGGUGUCAUGGAGUUCUUGCUGGCUAAUCACCCUUUGGACUGCCCUAUUUGCGACCAAGGAGGAGAGUGCGAUCUCCAGGAUCAGUCGGUCCGUUACGGUUCGGAUCGUGGUCGUUUCUCAGAGAUUGUUGGCAAGCGUGCUGUUGAAGAUAAGGAAUUGGGACCACUGAUCAAGACCACUAUGACUCGCUGCAUUCACUGCACUCGCUGCGUUCGCUUUGCCAACGAGGUUGCUGGCUUCCAGGAUCUCGGUACAUCCGGACGUGGAAAUGAUAUGCAGAUCGGAACUUAUAUUGAGAAGACCAUGAAUUCCGAGCUUUCUGGAAAUUUAGCAGAUGUCUGUCCUGUCGGCGCUCUUCUUUCCAAGCCAUAUACCUUCAAUGCUCGUCCCUGGGAGCUCAAGAAUACAGAGUCAAUCGAUGUCCUUGAUGCCCUUGGAUCUAGCAUUCGUGUCGAUUCCCGAGGUGUUGAAGUCAUGCGUAUUCUUCCCCGCUUGAACGAGGAUAUCAACGAAGAGUGGAUCUCGGAUAGAACUCGUUCUGCUUAUGAUGGUCUCAAGACCCAGCGCUUGACCACGCCGAUGGUUCGCAAGGGCAAUACAUUCGUUAGUGUCAACUGGGCUGAUGCUCUUCAGAAAGUUGCCUCAGAACUUAAGGCUGCUGGCCCAAGUAUCAGAGCUGUUGCUGGUCAGUUGGCUGAUGCCGAGUCUCUCGUUGCCCUCAAGGACCUUGUCAACACGCUUGGUUCCGAAAAUGUCACAGUCGAUAAUCGCUGCCAAGAUAACCUUGCCCAUGGUACCGAUUUCCGUUCUAACUAUCUACUUAAUUCCACCAUCUCUGGCAUUGAGCGAGCCGAUGCACUCUUGUUGAUUGGUACCAAUCCCCGUCAUGAAGCUACUGUUAUGAAUGCUCGUAUCCGCAAAUCCUUUGUUUACAACGGCCUGAACAUUGGCCUUGUCGGAACCCCCGUUGAUCUCACCUAUGACUAUGAUCACAUUGGCUCUGAUACCUCUUCUCUCGAGGCCCUUGUUUCAGGCAACCAUCCUUUUUCAGCUAUUCUUGGUGCCGCCAAGAAUCCUAUGAUCAUUGUCGGCAGUGGCGUCACAGACUUGCCUGAUAGCGAAUAUGUCUUCUCUUCUGUUUCCAAGAUUGUUCAACAACAUAAGGACAAGUUCUUCCAAGACAACUGGAAUGGCUACAAUGUUCUUCAGCGAGCUGCCAGCAGAGCUGCUGCUUAUGAUAUCGGAUUUGCUCCCAAGGCCAAGGAAGCUAGCAAGGCCUCUGUUGUUUACCUACUAGAGGCCGAUGAGAUCUCUCCAAGCGAUAUCCCCAAGGACGCCUUUGUCAUUUAUCAAGGCCACCAUGGAGACGUUGGCGCUCAAUAUGCCGAUGUGAUCUUGCCAGGCGCUACCUAUACUGAGAAAAGUGCCACAUAUGUUAACACAGAAGGCCGUCCUCAGAUGACGCGCGCCGCUGUAUCCCCACCCGGCGCUGCUCGCGAGGAUUGGAAAAUUAUUCGUGCGAUCUCGGAAGUUGCUGGUGUUACUUUGCCAUAUGAUGAUAUUCAUCAGGUUCGUGACCGUCUCCGAGAUAUCGCACCAUCAUUUGCCAAUUAUAAUGUCGUGGAGCCUAGCUCCGUGGCUGUCGCCUCCCUUGGUCUCUCUACAUUGAACAAAUCGAAUCUCAAGUCUGCCAGGACCGCAUUUACGCCUGUUAUUACUGAUUACUACAUGACUGAUUCGAUUACACGUGCAUCUUCAACAAUGGCUAAAUGUUCAGUUGCGUUUAGCAAGGGAACACAUCGCCCCGAGGAAUCUGAGUUUAAGAUCGCCGCCCAGGCUUAAAUUUGAGAGAAAAUCACUUCUUGUUUGUCUUGUAAUGAUAAUGACAGAGAACAACCAGGAAGAUCACAUUUAGAAUAACCAUUAUCAUACACAGCUCUGUCCAAUGCACGAUUUUAUUUUUG